AUGGAGCACGCUACUAUGGUCAAGCCCUCUACGGAGCGCGUGCCACUGGAUGCCAGCGAAUGGCCACUGCUGCUGAAACCCGCAAAUCCAUCCUCGCACGAAGUCGUCGCAUGGAUUCGGCGCAUUUUACGUGUCGAGAAGACGGGACAUUCAGGCACGCUGGAUCCAAAAGUCACCGGGUGUCUUAUCGUGUGCAUCGACCGUGCCACAAGGCUAGUCAAAAGCCAGCAGAGUGCAGGCAAGGAGUAUGUUUGUGUGGUGCGCCUGCACGAUCGCUUUGGAAGCGGCGAGCUGGAACAGCGCCUACGCGGGGCGCUCGAAGGGCUGACUGGUGCCCUGUUUCAAAGACCACCGCUGAUCAGUGCUGUUAAGCGUCAACUGCGUGUACGCACCAUCCAUGACUCGCUGUUGCUGGAGACCGACGAAGAACGCUCGCUGGGUGUCUUUUGGGUCUCCUGCGAGGCCGGUACGUACAUCAGAACACUCUGCGUGCAUCUUGGUCUGAUGCUGGGCGUUGGUGGCCACAUGCAAGAGCUAAGACGUGUACGCUCCGGGGCUACUUCUGAAGCUGACGGCAUGGUGACCAUGCACGACCUACUUGAUGCGCAAUGGCUCUAUGAUGCGACACGAGAUGAGUCGUACUUGAGACGUGUUGUUAGGCCAUUAGAGUCAUUGCUUGUCUCCUACAAACGACUGAUGGUGAAAGACUCUGCUGUCAAUGCGAUUUGCUAUGGUGCCAAGCUGAUGAUUCCAGGUCUGUUACGCUAUGAUGCGGGGAUCGAAAUGGAAGAAGAGGUUGUCAUCAUCACGACCAAGGGCGAAGCCAUUGCACUUGGAAUUGCACAGAUGACAACGGCCGUGAUUGCUAGCGUUGACCAUGGCAUAAUUGCCCGGAUUAAGCGCGUGAUCAUGGAACGAGACACGUAUCCCAGAAAAUGGGGUCUCGGACCCAAAGCUGUGGAAAAGAAGGCAAUGAUCAAGAGUGGACAGCUGGAUAAGCACGGAAGGUCCAACGAAAAUACGCCUUCCGCUUGGUCUCAAGGAUACGUCGACUUUUUUUCCCCAAAGGAAGACAUGGCAGUGGAUAAGAAUGCCACCGUUUCAUCGACACGUAUUUCGUUCGUAACCCCAGUCGAAGAAAAGUCUGGCAGUCUGGUCGAUAACCAAAAUGAAGACAUGGAUGAUGGUCAGAGCAGCGACGAAGACGAAAAGAAACGCGUUAAAAAGGAAAAGAAAGACAAGAAAGAAAAGAAGGAAAAAGAAAAGGACAAAAAGGACAAGAAAAAGAAACGGAGCUCUGACUAG